CACCACGCCGCCCGCUAGAUUCAAAGCAAGCUUUUGUGGUUCAUGAUGAAGUACUGGUUUUCUGUGACGGGGCUCCUGUCGACAAACAAGACUGUUGUGAGAAGAGAUCCUAGAAAACAGAAGGGUACAGAACUGAGGUUGAUUCCUCGAGUGUCGCUUGGUCUACGAGUUGACAGUGAUGAUGGAUCAACUCCAGCUUGGCAGAAGGGCGGUGUGGUGGAUAAGAAAAGGUGCGCCGAGUCCGAUGCCAUAGCUCAGGCUAAAUCUCAAGUGGAACUGAAGAUAUUGGCGUGUUCACAGUGUCUCUUUGAAGCUUUAGAAGAACUAACUAUAGAGGAACUGGAACAGUUCAGGCUUUGUGUGACUGAGGGGAUACUAGAGGUGUUUGUUCCCAUCCCUGAAGAACUGCUACCAAAUGGUUGUGUGGACAUCGCAGAGCGUUUAAUGGAGAUCUAUGGCAUCGAGGGCUCCUUAACGGUCACAGUGCACAUUCUGAAUACAAUAAACCGUGAUGACCUUGGCAAAAGACUAAGCUCCGAGGUCGACCGAUUGCAGACUGAACCCAAAGAGUAUCCGAUGAUGGACAUCUGUAUAGUAAAAGGGGCAGAUGAUGAUGACUGGAUGACUGGCGAUGUGGCCCAAUAUGCCUGCAUGCUCACAUUGGACUCACAAACAGCCCAUCCUAACCUCCGACUGUCUGGGGCGGACACUAAGGCAACGUUCAUGUCGAAGAAGCAGUUGCAUUCCGACCACCUCGAGAGGUUCAACUUGUGGCCCCAGGUGAUGUGCAGGGAGGGCCUGAGUUACGGCCGCUUCUGCUGGGAGGUGAGGUGGGGCGGGUACGCCGCAAUCGGCGUCGCCUACAAAAGCAUCGCCAGGAAAGGAAGGGGGGACGAGUGUGGCCUUGGCUUCACCAAGAAGUCCUGGUGUCUGUUGUGCGAAGUGAAGACUUACUCUGCCUGGCACGACGCAAAGCCAAUUCGCCUCAGUGAGGAGCCCGCAAGCUCCAGGAGGAUCCGAGUGUGUUUGGACUGGUACGCUGGCGCGUUGACCUUCUACAAGGUCGCCCAAGAUGCACUCAUACACCUGCACACGUUCCAUGCCGCGUUCAGUGAGCCCCUCCACCCAAUGUUCAGGUUCUACUACUUUGGCCAGUUUGGGUCCUCAGUGACCUUGGAAUUCCCUGGCAUAGCCAUGUGUGUGUGAUUAUAGGCAUGUGAUUAUUAUCAACCUAGCCUGACAGCCAGUUUAAAUUUACCCCACCCACAAAAGUUUAGGAUGUCAAAUGCCUUAAUCUCUGUUUUCUUUUUGUCUUUUAAAGUUAUUGCUCUGUCAAUAUCUUGUAUAUCAGGCGUGAUAGAUGAAUUUAAUCAUCUCGCUUCUCAGGCAGCAGCGCUUUUGGUGAUAACAAAAUCAACUCAAGCGCACUCAGGUUAUAUAGAUGACUACUAUAUUGUUGUGCAUCUGUCCAUCAUUGUAUAAAACCUGCCCAAAUGAUUUCAUUGGGCUAGACACAUCUUCUUGCAUAGAUACCUGUCAAUGAAGCGACUCCAGACUGAAUUUCCUACCCUCAAAUUUUGUGAGUGUGACAUUCAGGCAGCCUUCCAGGCUAGUCCUGGGGCCAAAUUAAGUAUGGAAAAAAAAUAUCUCAAACAAAUCAUACCAUGCAAUUUUGUUUUAUAUUGAACUAUGUAGAUGUAGACACUACCAUCACAACACAUUCAUGUGCAUGGAACUUUAUUAAAGCUUAUGUAGGUGAUGAGGCAGCGUGAACUAUGUUACAACAAGCCUGACUGUUGACCUAUUUGUCAAAUUUAAGGCAUUUUGUUUUAUUCACUGCUUUUAUGAUCU